AUGCCCGGCUAUAUUGUUACCUGCAAAGACGAUGCCACUGAAGACCAGAUCAAGGCUGCGAAGCAGCAUGCCCUCGACCAAGGCGGCAAAAUCACCCAUGAAUACACCCUGAUCAAGGGCUUUGCAAGGCGCAAGCCCCAGCUAAUGAAUAUGGCCGAUUUCCCCAACUUGCAGCGUGUCCUUUCCAAACGACGCCAUUACCACACUGGAAUCAAACGAGCACGUCAAGGCCGUCGAGCUGGAUGGCGAGGUCAAGGCUUUUUGAUCUCAGAGCCAGCUGAAGCCAUAGCCGGAGCCGGAUGA